AUGAGACUCGCAGAAUCACCUUCGCUUUCCCUCUUCGGCUCUCUACCUCUCGCCAAGCUCGACGCACGACUACCAGUACCGUCUCUCUACAACCACAAGCAAUUCAUGAUGUCCGCCCAAGAAGAACACCAGGAGCAAGACUGGCAGAUCAACGACGAAGACAUUGGCAUGGACUCGGACUCGGACGGGGACAAUGACAAAUACGACGGCGAAAUCAUCAUCGGAGGUCCUGGGCCUAGCGAGGAGGAUGAGAUGAUGAUGGAGGUGGAGGGGGAGGGAGAGCAGCAGAGGGAAGACAUCAGCGUUGGCGUAAAUUCAUGUCCGCACCACAUCGCACCGAGUCGGCAUCGGCAUCGGACUAGCCAGCAGCGUCGCAUAGCUACCCUCCUCCUCCUGUUUUUUUCCUCACCCCAUCCGUCCUCUUCCCGGUCGCCCUCUUCUCAUCAGCCCUCCAAGCGACAGCUGCCCAGCAACAGCCCCCUUCGUCCCAGCACGAGCAGCAACCGCAGCCGCCUCACCAACGCCAACAGUAUCAGCCCCUGCCCCAGCCACAGCAGCAGCCCCAGCCUCCUGCGGCAGCAACCUCCACGCCAACCGACACGACGCCAGGCUGCUGGGGCUGCUGCUGUGGCUGGGGCAGGGGCUGAUACUGUUGGUGUUGGCGAGGCGGCUGCGGUUGCUGCUCGUGCUGGGACGAAGGAGCACGAGGUAUGGGGAGAUUAG